AUGUCCGAUGCGCUCGAUACUCUGAGACUGUGUGGGGAGGUUGUCCACUUUAUUUUCGGUGCAACUGAGGAGGCACCGCGCGGCAAGAAAUCAGUGAAUCAAUGGUCGGCUUUACACUCGGACUGGAACGAGUGGGUUCAUGGGUACCCAAAUACCCUGUCCGGAAGAGACUACGAAGACCAACAGUCGCGCCGGCGAUACUGGUUCCCGAGGUCUUCUUUCGCAGCAGCCAUGUGUUUCUACCAUGUAUGCCAGAUCUUUCUAUUCUCCCACCCUCCCAACAAGACCCCGACCGCCGCUACGACCCAGACAUCGGGAGCCAUGGACCCUGAAACCCAGAUCCAGCACCACGCCAAAAACAUCAUCGACAUCGCUCUCUCGAACAUGCCCGACGGCGUCCUUGUCACCAUGGUCCAACCGGUCUUCCACUCCGCGCGACACGUCCAUGACGCCGUCAGGAGGGACGAGGCCAUCUUGCUUCUACGGGAUAUCCAGAGUCAGGUUGAGACAUUGGGCAAAUUAAGGCCCUUGAUGACGCCGAUGAGGGGGUGA